CUCCCAUCGACACUACAAAUAACCACCCUUUCCUCUCACCGCUUACCAUUUACUUCGUUCCUCACUUGUUCGCACCUACUCUUGGAUAUUUGCCCCAAAAAUCUUCCAUUCCUCCUCGAAUUGGAGUAUUCGAUUGGUGAUUUGUGAUAUACAGAGCGAUGAAGGAAGAUUCCACAAAGGAUUUGGAGAAAAGCUAUUUCGAUGUGUUGGGUCUAUGCUGUUCAUCUGAGGUGCCACUGAUCGAGAAGAUUCUUAAUCCUCUUGAAGGCGUUCACCAUGUCUCCGUCAUCGUUCCUUCCCGAACUGUUAUCGUGCUUCACGACGCCGCCCUCAUUUCUCAGUUUCAAAUCGUUAAGGCGCUAAACCAAGCACGAUUAGAAGCAAAUGUAAGGAUGAAAGGAGUUCAAAACUAUGGAAACAAGUAUCCAAGCCCAUACGCCGUCGUUUGUGGUGUCCUCCUUUUGCUUUCAUUUUUGAAAUAUUUUUAUUCUCCAUUUAAAUGGUUGGCACUUGGAGCUGUCGCUGUGGGAAUUAUACCCUUAACUUUGAAAGCCUUUGCAUCUCUACGAAUUUUCAGAUUUGACAUCAAUGUUCUCAUGCUCAUUGCAGUUGGAGGAUCAAUUUUCCUAAAGGAUUACUGGGAAGCAGGCACAAUUGUGUUUUUAUUGAUUAUUUCAGAAUGGCUCGAGUCAAGGGCAAGUCACAAGGCGACUGCUGUGAUGUCAUCAUUGAUGAGCAUAGCUCCUCAAAAGGCUGUGUUAGCUGACACGGGUGAAGAAGUCAACGCUAACGAAGUCAAAGUCAACACAAGACUUGCGGUCAAAGCUGGGACCAUGAUCCCCAUUGAUGGAAUAGUGGUGGAGGGGGAAUGUGAAGUCGAUGAAAAAGCCCUAACUGGUGAAUCAUUUCCUGUGGGUAAACAGGUAGACUCCAUUGUUUAUGCAGGGACACUCAAUUUAAAUGGUUAUAUCAGUGUUAAGACUACAGCUUUAGCUGAAGCUUGUGUAGUGGCAAAAAUGGCAAAACUCGUUGAAGAGGCUCAAAAUAACAAAUCUAAAACUCAACGAUAUGUAGAUGAAUGUGCCAAGUAUUACACACCUGGUGUUUGUGUAGUAGCUGCCUGUUUAGCUGGAAUCCCAGCUGCUAUGCGAGUUCAUGAUAUGGAGAAAUGGUAUCACUUGGCUUUGGUGGUUUUGGUAAGUGCAUGUCCAUGUGCACUUAUCUUAUCAACACCUGUUGCUGCAUUUUGCGCCUUGUCAAAAGCAGCUACAUCUGGACUUUUAGUCAAAGGAGCUGAAUACCUCGAAAUACUUUCUACUGUAAAAGUUAUUUGCUUUGACAAAACUGGAACCAUCACUAAAGGAGAAUUCUCUGUCUCGAGCUUUCACCCACUCAUUGACAAUCAGAAAUUGCUCUACUGGGUUUCGAGCAUAGAGAGCAAGUCUAGUCAUCCAAUGGCUGCAGCACUUGUGGAUUAUGCGCAGUCUCAUUCUGUCGAACCACAACCAGAAAAUGUGGAGGAAUUCAAAGAUUUUCCUGGUGAAGGAAUUUACGGGAAGAUUGAUGGGAAAGAUGUUUAUAUCGGAAACAAAAGGAUCGCCAUUAGAGCAGGCUGUUCACAAGUUCAAAGCGAAAGCAAUGAAGGAAAAUCAACAGGGUACAUAUUUAUUGGAUCUUCACCUGCCGGAGUCUUUAGUCUCUCAGAUUCAUGUCGAAUCGGAGUACGUGAAGCGCUCCAACAACUCAAAUCAAUGGGAAUUAAAACCGCCAUGCUCACCGGAGACUCUCAAUCCGCCGCCAAUCACGCACAAAACCAGUUAGGAGGAGCAUUAGACAUGGUUCACGCAGAACUUCUCCCUCAAGACAAAGCAAAAAUCAUCAAACAAUUCCAAACGGAGUCACCAACCGCCAUGGUCGGAGACGGCCUCAACGACGCCCCCGCUUUAGCAACCGCCGACAUCGGAAUCUCCAUGGGAGUUUCCGGAUCGGCGCUGGCAAACGAAACCGGACACGUCAUUUUGAUGUCGAACGAUAUUAGAAAAAUCCCGGUUGCCGUGAAACUCGCGAGAAAAACCCGUCGAAAAAUAUUCGAGAAUAUCUUCAUCGCUAUCAUCACCAAGGCCGCUAUAAUCGCGUUGGCUAUCGCCGGCCACCCGCUGGUUUGGGCGGCGGUUCUCGCCGACGUCGGGACUUGCUUGGUGGUGAUUUUUAAUAGUAUGCUUUUGCUUCAAGGUACAAGUGUGAGAAGCAUGAAUAAUCAUUCACAUACGGGUACAAGUCAUUCGCAUAAUCAUGCACACGCACACGCACAAUGCUCGUCUGGAUCUGCGGUUCAGGAUAAAUGUUGUGGUCAUGAUGAGAAUGUACAAGAGGUGAAGCACGUGGUACAAGAUAGUUGUUGUGGUCAUGAUGAUGAUCAUGUUAUAACACCCGAAGAUGUUGAUGAUUGUUGUGCUCAUGAGGUGAAUCAUUGUGGACAAGAGAAGAAUGAUGACUGUUGUGCUCAUGAUGUUGAUGAGGUUCAUGAUCAUGAUGGUCAUGAUGAUGAUGGAAUACAAGAAGUAAAGCAUGCUGUACAACCACAUAAUUCAAAGAAAACGAUACAAGAAACGAAAUGCUGUAGUACCAAAGAUUUGGAAUCACAAAGUUGUGAGGUUAAAAAGAAAGGGGAAUGUAGUCAUAAUGAUGAAAAGCCACAUACUCAUUCCAAUCACCAUGAUCAUGAUCAUACACAUGGUCAUGGUCAAGAUCAUGUACAUGAUCAUUUGAUGGGUCAUGGUCAUGGGCAUAGUCAUGACCAUGAUCAUUCGAAGGACCAUGGUCAUGUUCAUUUGAAGAAGCAUGACCAUCAUCAUCAUCAUCAUCAUCAUGAGCAUAAGCAUGUGAAGAAAGAGUAUAUUACGAGUGAGGAGUUAGGGAAAAUAGUGAAAAGUUGUUGCAGUAGCAAGAGCAGUGGGUUGAAAAAGAGGCACAUAAGUGGGUGUUGCAAGAGCUUUACGUACAAGUGCUGCGGGAUUCAACAGUUUGGAGGUGGGUUCAAUAGAAAGGGAGGCUUGUCUGAAAUUGUGAUAGAGUGAAAUGGAUUUGAAGAUUUUCUAAUAUGGCUAUAGUUAUUGGGAAUUGAAGCUCUAGAAUUGGUGUAUAUGGGAUAAUGGGAUCAAAAGUAUAUGGGUUUAGUCUUUACUAUUAUAUAGCUGAUCUAUAUAUAGCAUUAUGUAAACUCUUUUGUAUGAGUACUCAAGUAACAGAGUCCAUAUUAAUUAUUGCUUACAAUGGUUUUUGUUUGGUUUUUUA